AAUCCGAAAUCGUUUUUUAGCACAACCCGUAAGAGAAAUGCAUUCUGCUAUUUUUCUCCUGAUGUUUUUGAGUUUUUCUCCUGAAAUCAAGACUGAAUCUUCAUCAAAUCAUGUAAUCGAUGACUCAGUUGGCUUGGGAAGAACCUUUGAUGGUAUUGGAGCCAUAAGUGGAGGUGGGGCCACUUCCAAACUUUUAGUAAACUACCCAGAGAAAUUAAGAAGUCAAAUUCUGGAUUAUUUGUUCAAACCCAACUUUGGUGCCUCGUUACAUAUACUCAAGUGUGAGAUUGGUGGCGAUGCACAGAGUACAGAUGGGUCAGAGUCAUCGCACAUGCACAGUCCGUGGGAGGAAAACUAUCACCGUGGUUACGAGUGGUGGCUCAUGAAGGAAGCUAAGAAGCGCAACCCCAACAUCAAACUUUACGGACUACCAUGGGGUUUCCCUAGUUGGGUUGGCCAGUAUUCCAGAAGUCCCUACAACAGUGUUAUGACAACAGCAAGUUAUGUCCUCAAAUGGGUCAUCAACGCUCAGAAGGUUCACAACCUGACCAUUGAUUACCUCGGAGUGUGGAACGAGAAACCAUACAACGUAACCUACAUCAAGACCUUGAGGAAACUGCUCGAUGAUAACAGUCAAAAACAGGUCAAGCUGGUUGUAGCAGACAGUGAUUGGUCUGUCAGUGAAGAUGUCAUGAAAGAUAAGGAGUUUGGUGAUGUUGUCGAUUUCAUUGGUGUCCACUAUCCAGGAAUGACCAGCACCACAGAUGCCAAGAAGACUGGUAAGCAGCUGUGGUCAUCUGAAGAUUACAGUACGUUCAAUGAUGAUGUUGGAGCUGGGUGCAUGGCCAGGAUCACCAAUAGAAAUUAUGUGGUUGGAAUGAUGACAAGCACCAUUGUAUGGAAUCUGAUUGCGAGUUACUACCAAUCGCUGCCGUUUCCAAGGAACGGUCUCAUGACGGCUGAUCAGCCUUGGAGCGGAUAUUACAGAGUGGAUAACCCAGUCUGGAUCACAGCCCACACGACACAGUUCACACAGAUUGGUUGGACAUACCUCAAACACGGCUCCGGGGUUGGCUCAUUUGAAGGAACAGGAGGAAGUUACGUGACACUUCAAAGUCCUGAUAAGAAGAAUGUUACCAUUGUGAUAGAAAAAUUAAGUCAUGACCAUUCAAUCUGUGUGCGGCCACCACUUGAACCAUAUAAGACAGAGGCGGAAAAUGUGACUUUUACUUUAAAAGGCUCUCUGGCCAAUAUCAAACAGCUGAAUGUGUGGGUGACUAAGUUAAACUUUGGCGGCCAGCCAAGUAAAGUAUUCAUGAAGAUGGCGCCAUUACAGAUUGUAAAUGGAGAGUUCACCCUCUACCUUGAUGUUGACACAGUAUUCACUCUGACAACAUUGAGUGUCGGUCAGAAAGGCCAGUAUGCCGCGCCACCCCCACCGCAAGGCUUCCCUCAACAGUAUAAGGAUAACUUUGAUACUUAUCCUCUUGACGUUGAAGCCUUCAACUUUGCUCAACAAACUGGUGCUUUUGAGAUAACAAAGGCAGAGAACGUUUCACGUGGGAAUGUGCUCACCCAGGUUGUGCUUGAUAUGCCCCUCAACUGGUGUGGACCAACGUUGUUUGAUCUGCUGCAGAAGCCUGUCACGAUGAUUGGCAACGUUAGUUGGUCUGAUGUCAUCGUCAGUGUGGAUGUCCAAAUCAGCAAAGUCAACGGCUCAAAGGGAGUGUUUGUUGCAGCAAGGAUGGACAAGGGAGGCUGUAGUGUCUGGGAGGCUUAUGGCCUCUAUUUCUGGAUGUAUCCUGAGCUCAAGGAGUACAGGCUUACUCAUGAUCUAGUCGGAACCAAGUUAUUAGGUGCUGGGAAGCUUCCCACAGCGGCAGUGGGACAAUGGCACAACCUCAUGCUCAUUGUAAAGGGAACGCAAGCAACGGGUGUCUUCGAUGGAACACAAGUGUUCAGUGUCACCAUCCCAGCCACACCAAAGAAUGGAUUUAUUGCAUUGGGGACUGACAACUUCGGACUUGCCAACUUUGAUAACUUCAGAUUGGAAGUGGCUCAUAGUGUUGAAGACUUUAGUUUUGUUAACUAUCAAGACUUUCAUGUGCAUGACGUCCUAUGAGUCCAGAUGUGAGAGCUGUUGUUGUACCCUGAACUGGCUAUCAUUCCAUUCAAAGCUCUCUUGGAGCAGUUGUGAUUGUGUCUCAGUCCAUGACCGGCAGCAUGAUACACAGCAGAGCAAUGUGAUCAAAUAUCCUUGUGAAAGUUGUGUCACAAGGUGGCGUUGUGUGAGACAACUAUUUGUAACAAGGCACAAUCAUGAUGAGAUUUAAAGGUACAGUUCUUCCAUUCCAAAUGAACCAAUAGGUUCAAUUGAUGCUAUGUCCAUUGUCACACGAUGAAAGAUUCUAUUUCGUUAUGCUUGGAUAAGAUUGAUCUGAUGACAUAAGUCUGGAACCGUCAUAACUUUAGGUAAAUACAACAUGUAUAGAACACAAAAACACACUACUCUAACCAGUGGCUCUCGGCCUAUAUUACUAAUUGUGCAGUGGACAUAUCAACUUCUUCACACAUGUAUUUGUAAUUCAAGAAGGUACGAGUCUAAAUUAUAUAACUUUCCUAACAA